AUGGUCCGUUUCGGGAUUAUUGGUUGCGGUGUCAUUGGCCUGUCCACUGCAACAGCACUUCAUGCUGAGUACCCUGAUUCGGAAUUCUGCCUGGUUGGGGCUGAUCACGGUUCGGCCCUGAUUAGCCAUGGCUCUGCCGGGAUUUUUCGGCCCGAUCCCUCGCUUAUGCCCGGAGUGACGUGUUGCAACUCGAACACCGUUUGUACAGAUUGUCCUUUCAAUCGUUGGUGUAAAAACGGUCAUACAUACUACUGGGACCUAGCUCGUAGUCAGGAUGCAUCAGUUGCCGGGGCAUUCUUUUUGCCAAUGUACAAUGUUUAUGAACAUGUGCCUCGUCGAAGACCGUAUGUCACAAUGUUUUGCUGUGGAAGCAAGACGGUGGAAAAAGAUGAGCUUCUAUCCCUUGGAUUUAACGAAGGUCUGAAUGGAGGCUAUAGUUACGUCACAUGUGUGAUCGAGGGGCGGCAUUAUAUGCCCUAUAUGCUUUCAAAUCUUCAAAAGAAUACAAAGUUUCCGGUAUCGUUGAGCGUUGGACAAUCGAUCCUAUUCGAAUCUCUACGCGAUGUUUACAACUGGGCGAAGAAUAACAAAAUCGAUGUGGUAGUCAAUUGUUCCGGAUUAGGUUCCAGUAUUCUUUGCGGUGAUCGGAAUCUGAUCCCUGUCCGUGGAAGACUGGUUCGUGUGGGCGCCCCUUGGAUGAAAUUUGGAUUUUAUGGGCCACAUGACACAUAUGCUUAUCCGUCACGUGAUAGCGUCAUUCUUGGUGGGUUUCGUGAACCGUUGCCCUGUACACUGGAUGCUCCUCUUCGUCCCGAAGACACAGCCCCAUCCGGGGAGGCAUCUAAAAAUAUUCUACAUCGAAUCAAAGAAAUGUGGCGUGGUCCUCUUAGCCAAAGCCCAAUUAUCGAGGAAUGGACCGGGUUGCGACCGCACCGGCCAAUCGUUCGUCUUGAACUGUCCUGGUUAAGUCCGAACGGUACUGAGGGCCCCAGAGUGAGCGACAGUGUUCCAAUCGUGCAUAACUACGGACACGGAGCGAUGGGUGUUGCUUUGGGCUGGGGGACCGCACUAGACUCAGUGUACCUGGUCGAUCAGGCCCUGAAACGUGGAGCCGGUGAUCACAGCGGUCCCAUUCUCGCACCCGGAUUGGAGAAACUCGCGCUGAAUUGA